AUGCAGAUCACUCGGACCAUGGCCUCUUUGUCUCCGAGGGUAUCUCCAGCCAAGCACUCCCUGGACACGACCAAUGAAGAAGCGGACGAUGAGAACCGUCGGAAAGAUCCUAAGGUCAGCAGGGCUUGUGACAUCUGCAAAAAGAAAAAGAUACGAUGCGAUGGCACACUUCCAUGUAGCAAUUGUGCCAAGAAAAAGAUCAGUUGCGCAUAUGAUGCGAAAUAUGGCCGAGGGCGGCCACCGACUCCACCACCUUCAACCACGAUCAAUGAACACCAAGACAGGUCAAGAAGUGACCAGUCACAAGAAACCUCCAUCUGGCAACAACCAGCCCCUGUCUCUCAUGAGGUCUCGGAUUCACAAGUGGAUUAUCGCACCUCGCCUGAAAUCGAAAUCGAGGGUCAAUAUUUUGACUCUACCUCCGGAUUGAACUUUCUACACCGAGCGUGGAAAAAGCUGUUCCAGAAGGAAGGGUCCGCAUCCUAUGAUUCAAACGACGCGGAGCGAAAUCAGCUCCUCACAUCGGCCGGAGACCGACCUUUUCACGUCGAAAAUGGCACGUCAUACGACUUCAUUCCAGAUAUUCUAACGGCGAGAAAGCUGCUGCAGUUCUAUUUCGAGACGUGUGUUGUAACAUACCGCAUGUUUCAUCGACAGACUGUUGAAGGCUGGAUGGAGGUGUUCUUGAAAGAUUGCCAAGAACGAAGGCCCAUUGCUCGGUCGCUUGGUAAUUCCAGAACUGCGAUUCUACUUACCAUUAUGGCCAUCGCUACCCUGCGCAGCGAAAGGGUAAGGGUGAACGGGGAAAUGUCAAAAGAGAAUGAGUCACUUGUUUUGCAACGAAGUGAUCAGUUGUUUUGCGCUGGUAUGAGAUUGUCCGAUGCGGAGAUGGGGUUCCCACGUCUUGAAUCAGCACAGGCACGACUGAUUCAAGUCCUCUAUCUUCUUCAGACAUCUCGCAUGAACAAAGGCUGGUAUACAUUCGGUAAUGCGUUUCAUAUUACUCUCUCGCUGGGCAUGCACAGGAGAAGGGAUGAGAAGCGAGAUUUCCCUUUUACGAGCAGGCGACAAAAUUACAUCACUUCAGAGUGCUAUAAGCGCACCUUUUGGGCGGCAUAUAUCAUCGACAGAUAUCUAAGUGUUGUAUUUGGCCGGCCUCGACUUUACCAAGAUGAUGAUAUCGAUCAGGAUUUUCCAGAUAAUGUAAAUGAUGAGGACAUGACACCACAGGGACCUUCUAUAUCAGAUGACCCGGCCGACUGUUAUAUCGAUGCUCUCAUAUUCCAUGCUAAGAUUGCACGAAUAAUUGGGAAGGUGUCACGAGAAGUAUACUCAGUCGGCGACCUGUCCAACCAAGAUCGCUUAGCAGCUGCCCAUCGGUUGGGCCGCGAAUUGCACGAAUGGCGUGCAAGCCUGCCACCACACUUGGGGACUGUGAAACCAUCAACAUUGAUGCCCAGUUUCCGCCGCCAGGCUAUUGCCUUGCAGCUCGCAUAUUCUCAUGCCCUCAUACACGCCAAUCGACCCUUCCUUUUGAGCGAAGCAGCAUCAGAGAAUGUCAUCGAAUGCAUCUUUGCCACUAAAGCAAGUUUAGAAAUUAUAAACAGAAUAGCGGGAGAUAGUACGCUGUUUCAUUCCUUCUGGUGGACUCACUAUGUGAUCUUCUGCGCAUUGGCAGUGGUUUAUGUUUGGGAAAUUCAACGAGCAACACGAUCCACUGAUGAAAUUGACGAUCAGUCUCUUGGAAAGAUCUUUGAUCUCGCAGAGAAAUGCCGUGGCCAUCUCAAGCGAGCAUCCACUGGUCUAUCGCAAAAUCAACGAUAUAGUGUCAUACUAGACGAAUUGAGAUCCGAGGCACAAAGAUGUCGAUUUAUGACGGAAAAUCCGCCGAAUCCACGUCAAGGUGGGCUUCAUGGCCGCGAAGCCAACACCAAUACAGAUAUUGGCUUUCCAUUCUUACAGAAUUCGGAUAUGUUCGGGUCUGAUCCAGAAGCUAUGCUUCACGGUGGCAUCAUCCCAAAUAUGCCGGACAGCUUUCUGUUCAGUGAUUGGCAGACUCUUGACUCAUCGGCUUUCCUCCCAUUUCCUGAUCCGAAUUCCGUUUCCCCAACAUAUUUCCCCACAGUUCCAUGA